CACUACUUAUAAGUACUACAUAGUAGAUUCCUAGGAUAUCAUGGAUAUAACUAACUGUACUACUAUAGUACUGGUCCUUCUAUGGCUCUACUUGUGCUGCCAGGCACUGGGUUUCUUGGUGUCCCUGAUAGACGCAGGCAACGCUACAGCAAUACCCACUACCACUACACUCUCUAUUGUGUUGCUAGGUGUCUGUUUGUGGCAAUGCAAAAAUGCUGGGUAUCUAGUACAACCAAUGACCUGGUACCACUGGAUGCUACUGGCACUACUAGUAGUACUACAGGUAAUGGCAGUGGUAUUGGAGCGACAGGGUUGGGGUCUUUGGAAUUCUUUAUUCAUCAAAUCGACACAUCCCAUUUACGCUGUUGCAGUAGUACUGCUGGGUAUACUAGGUGGUACCCUAUACUGUGGAUGGAAGUGUAACCUAUUCUGUAGACCAUGUUGCAAAAGCCAGUACAUUUGCUAUGGUAGUGCAAUAGUUUUAGUGCUAGUCGUACUAGUAGUUCUGGCAGUAACGGUAUCACUGAUACGGUUUGUUGAGGAAGACGGUUACGACUAUAGUCGACGCAUUGACGACAAUAAAGCAGGUACCGUAAUGCAUACUAUAAGCUACCUUGGUAACAUGGCAGUACCCUGUACUCAGUGUUAUGCCAUGGCAUUGAUAUGGAACACUAUACUAAAGCUACCGUAUACUGUAUUGGAAGUAGUGGCAUUAAUAGCAUCAACACUUGCAGUGGCCUCUAUAUUGGCUGUGGCAGUUCCCAAGAGUGCUAGUGAGGAUGAAGAUGAAGGCGGCGGCUCAGUAUUACUCAUUACUACAGGGUGUCCCCUCCUAUCGGUUCAUCUAUUGGCCCUAGGCAUUACCUUGUACUGCCUGGAGUAUAAAAGGGUAUUCUACUGGCCCAAGGAUUGCAUGUGCUUCGGGAUAUUAGCAGCAGUUGUAAUACUGAUAGCACUGGUAGCAAUGGCAAUGGCAAGUACGGAGGAUCAUCGAAACAGACUAGGUGAUAUGUCAUACACCCUCCUGGGCUACUCAAUGGUACUGAUGGUACCGACAUUGUGGUAUGCAUACCGAUGUGGUCUACUUACAUGGUGUUUCCCCAAGAAGAAGAAUUUGAAUGGUACAGACACUGCUGAAAACACUGCAGCAGACACUGAUAUCGCAAAGGAAUCAUAGUGGUGGGCACCGUUGAGUGCUGCCACCUGUUAGAUUGGACGGCCCAACUU